AUGAAGCGAAUGGGGGCGGAAAGUAGCGGGGAUCGGUUCCGAUGGAGGAAGCAGCCGGGGUGGUGGCGGAACCGCGGAAGCAAUUCAGAGAUUGGAAUCGGAGAAGAGGGAUCGGAGGAGACGACUAGCGGGAGUAGUUGCCCAUGCCGAAGGGAGCAAAGGGAUUCAAGCCGGGCUCGCGGAUCACGCCGCCGCGCCGCCACCUGGCAUUCUCCGCCUCCGCCGGGGGCGCUCAGGCCCAACCAGAAGAUCCAGAGCGAGCGGGUCGUGCACGAGCUGCUCGCUCAGGUCGAGCGCGAGCGCCAGCGGGAGCGACAGGACCGCCGCGCAAAGGACGGCAAGGACCAGGAGGAAGAGCCAGAGGAGGAGGAGGAGGACUACAUGGGCGUCAAGCCGCUCAUCGAGAAGCUCGAGCGACGCAAGGCCAAGGAGGCGGCCGCCGACGAAGGCUUCUGGGAGCCCACCGACUCCGACAGCGACGAGGACGACGAGCGCUACACGCCCGACGCCAUCAAGCGACGCGUCGACGAGUUCGAGCGCAAGUGCAAGCGCCAUGGGGAGUACCUGCAAUCAUUCGCAGAGGCCGACACCCUCGACGAGGCUCACAAAUGGAUGACCAAAAUCAACAAGUUCGAGGAGCGCCAUCUCAAGCUGCCACUGGAGUACAGGGUCAUCGGGGACAUGAUGAACCUUCUCAAGGAUGCCACGGGGAAAGAGCGCUUCGUUCUCCUUCAGAAGCUCAACCGAGCCGUCAGGAUCAUGGAAAUCAAGGAGGCCUACGACCCCAGUAACCCUGCAAACUUUGGGCUCAUCCAGCACCAGCAGGUUGGUUCUCCAGAGGAUGUCAUGCUCAAUGCCGGCUUUGAUAAGGAGAAGCAGAUGAUCCAAGGGGCAGAACUUGAGGGUGAUGAGGAGGAAUUCAAUGAGGCAAAGGAGAGGGAUGAUAUGCUCAUAGAGAAACUCAAUGCUAUUGAAAAGAAGAUUGAGGAGAAGCUAGAACUGUUGGAUCAUACCUUCGGUAAGAAAGGCAGAGUUUUGGAGGAGGAAAUCAAGGAUUUGGUGGAGGAGCGUAAUUCCCUGUCUGAGAAGAAGAGGAGACCUAUGUACAGAAAAGGUUUUGAUGUGAAAGUUAUCGACGUUAACAGGACAUGCAAAGUCACAAAGGGAGGACAAAUAGCAAAAUUCACAGCGCUAUUGGCCACUGGAAAUUACAAUGGUGUUGUUGGCUUCGCGAAAGCUAAAGGCCCAACAGCCAAGAUUGCAAUACAGAGGGCAUAUGAGAAAUGCUUCCAGAAUCUCCACUACAUGGAGCGAUACGAGGAUCACACAAUUGCUCAUGCUAUCCAGGCCAAAUAUGAGAAAACGAAGAUAUACCUCUGGCCUGGACCAAUGAGGAGUGGAAUGUCUGCUGCUGGUAGGACUGUUGAGACUGUGCUGUACUUGGCUGGUUUCAGCAAUGUCAAGACAAAGAUUAUUGGAUCAAGGAACCCACUUAAUGUGAUUAAAGCUCUCUUCAUAGCUUUGAAUGCUAUUGAAACUCCGAAGGAUGUCCAACAGAAGUUUGGGCGCACUGUUGUCGAGUCAUAUUUAUUGUAA